GUGCGUUCACUGGCUGGUUUGAAUUGAAAGCUGAAAGCCGUCGAGCUGGAAAAUCUGCUCGUUUCACACCCGCCUGUAGUGAUUCUGAAGUUGGACGGCUGUUAAAACUUCGCGUUUUCUAGUUCCGUGCGCAGUUUACUACGAAAAUUGCAAAAAUGAGCAAAUUUCCGAACUUUUUCAAGGGGAGCUCCGGAUCCAAGUCCAAACACCACCGGUCCCGGGGAGGCCCUUCACCCCAGGAGGCCAUCCACAAACUCCGGGAAACCGAGGAAAUGCUGACGAAGAAGCAGGACUACUUGGAGAAGAGGAUAGAGCAAGAAAUAGCGAUAGCCAAGAAGCACGGCACUAAAAACAAGAGAGCUGCUCUGCAGGCCUUGAAGAGGAAGAAGCGUCUGGAGCAGCAGCUCACCCAGAUCGACGGGACGCUCUCCACCAUCGAGUUUCAGAGAGAAGCUCUGGAGAACUCGCACACCAACACGGAGGUGCUGAAGAACAUGGGCUAUGCUGCCAAGGCCAUGAAGAAGGUCCAUGAGAACAUGGACGUUGACAAGAUAGACGAUCUGAUGGCUGACAUCACAGAGCAGCAGGACGUGGCCCAGGAGAUCAGCGAAGCCAUCUCCAGGCCUUUCGGCGAGACAUUUGAUGAGGAUGAGCUGCUGGCAGAGCUGGAGGAGUUGGAGCAGCAGGAGAUGGAGGAGAACAUGAAGAGCAUGGGCGGGCUGCCCAGCGUUCCCAGUGCCAAGCUGCCUUCAUCACGGCCCAGUCAGCGCGCAACAACCAGGAGAAAGGCAGAAGAAGAAAACGACAUGCGUAUGCUGGAAUCGUGGGCGAUUUAAGUACAAUGAAAUGGUCUCUAGAGAAAGUAACACAAAACUAUAUGAAGAUCUCUUUCUCUUUUUUACUUUUUAUAUUGUAGUGGAAGGUUUUUAGGGAAAUGAAGAGCAUAAUGCCAUUUAAAAUAAGCUUUUUUCUUAUAAGCUUGUCACUUAUCUUUAUAUUUAUCAUUAAAUUAAAAACUCUAAGUGAAGGAAUCAAGAAACUGCAUUUUACAUUUAAUGUUUCCACGUGUCUCUUAUUUUCUUUUCCCUUUUUCUCCUCUAAUCAUUCUGAAGUAACUUGUACAGAGUGCACUGCUUUUCAUAGACCUAAAGUGUAACAAGGAUACGACUGAUGCUUUUAUAGCACAGUUCAGAACUGUAUCAUGCAGCUGUAAAUAAUUUCUGAUUUUACAUUAAUGUUGUAAAUACGUCGCUUUAAAACUGUCCAGCAAUAAAACUGUCCCUUGCAUGUUA